AUGAGCAACUACCGUUUCAAAGAUCCUACACCAGUUGGUAAAGAGUUUAUAGUUGAAAAAUUCAACGAAGAAUUCAGUCUUAAUAUAGACUACAAGUUCUUCAGAAAAAAACUUGAUCAUUUGAAAAGAAAGUACAAGAAGUAUUUGGGUCUUAUACAAAAUUCUACGGGAAUCUCGGUUGAUCCUGUUACAUUCGUGAUCACUGCAUCUGAUUCAUGGUGGAAAGAUCGUGAAGUAUGUAAAGUUAUAAAAUCAUUUCACAGAAACCCUCCAGAGUUUUGGGAUAUUAUGCAGCGUUGUUUCAGAUUGUAUGAUGUUCACUCACAAUCUCAAUACUCUGUGAGUCAAAGAAGAGAAGAGAUGAUGAACGAGGGCUUUGCUGAUGAUGAAGGUUAUUUGAAUUCAGAAAUCUAUGGUGAAGACACACAAGUUCCAAAGACACAAGAAAAUGAAGAGGAGUACCGUGUUGACAUUGAUGAUCAACCACGUCAUUCACACGAGUUUCCACGUGAAUCCAUGCGUCAAAAUACUACCCCGAUUAAUAUGUCCCAGAAUCAGGCUGCCAGAGUUUCACAACAAGGAAGAAUCAGGCAUGAAAGCUCUACACACAGAGUUGCUGGAAGCUCACAAGUCUUAUCCAGGAAUAGUUCACGAGGAGGUCGCAGAAAGCAAUCAUUUCAGGCAACUCUAACAGAUACAAUGGCUGGUUUCAGAGAGUUCCAACGCCAAAGCUUACAACAAAUGCGCCCAAAUUCUUUCGAUCAAGAAGAUUAUGAUGAAUGCGAGAUGGCUAUCAAGAUAUUUGAAUCAAUGGAAGUUCAAAAGAAUACUGGAUUUUAUUGGGCAUGCAUUCAAGCAUUUAAGGAUGAAAGAUUUUGGCGUAAGUAUUUCAUCGAAAGAGCUGACAAAUCUAAUGAAGAUAAGCUACAGUUUUUGCAAGCUGUAACAGGAUAUACACCAGACGGCGAAUUUGUUGGGAAACGGCUAGUCUCAAAUCAGAAUUAUGGGAGCCCAAAUUUUGGUGGGUUAACUUCAGGUAAUCCAUCUUCUGGGGGUAAUAAUUCAUGGGGUCAAACUUUAAAUGGACAAUGGAGUCAUGGUUCUCAACAAUGGGGCACACCUCCAAAUGCUCAGCAAUGGGGCACUCCUCCAAAUGCUCAGCAAUGGGGCCCUUUUCCAAACGCUCAGCAAUGGGGUCCUCCUCCUAACGCUCAGCAUUGGGGCACUCCUACAAACGCUCAUCAAUGGGGCCCUCCUCCUAACGCUCAGCAGUGGGGCACUCCUCCAAACGCUCAUCAAUGGGGUUCAUCAUCAAGUGUUCCACAAUGGGGUACUCUCCAAACACUCAGCAACGGAACACUCCACCAAACGCCCCACAAUGGAGCACUCCACCAAAUGCUCAACAAUGGGGUUCACCAGCAAAUUUUCCACAAUGGGGUUCAUCACCAAAUAACCGACAAUGGGAAUCAUCACCAAAAGCAAAUCAAUGGAUUCUCCAACAAAUGUUCAGCGUGGAUUUUCAAGUAG